CCCUCUUCAAGUCCAGAAUGUUCUAGACCACCCAUGACGGGCCUCAACUCAACUCCAAACCCCAUCUUUAACCCCGUCGCAACACCAUCUCUUCCACCUCGCUGCUACUUCUCAAUCUUGAAUAGAACAAAAUCUAAAAGCUAAAAUCAUACCACGAAGAAAAUUAAAAGAUGUUCGGAGUAGUUUUCCCAAACCGCAGCUUCCCCAUAGACAUCUCCACCUUCGCCCAAAUCGAUACCUUCCAUUGGGUUCUCGACAUGAACACUUUCGUCGGUGAGGCGUACGAUCAAAUUCACGAGGUUUGCAUCUUCCUUCUCAACGGCUUUACCCUUCCUCCGGACAAGGCGCUCGCCGUCUACGUCCAGUCGCCGGGAUCACCGUUCGUCUUCUGCGGCGCCGUCACGCUAGCUCGCCCCUCCGCCGUGAUCUCGUUGCCGUGGCCGGAUCCCGGGAGCGGCGGCCAGCUGCAAUUGACGGCGGCGGACGCCGGCGAGCAGCGGAUCGAGCGCGUGGCGUUGAAGGUAGGGGAGAAUCUAUUCAACUUCAUGCAGAGUUUUUGCGGUGUUGAUGGUUCGAAGCUUGUGGUGCCGAUGGAUAUUUUGGAUCGGUGGUUCAAGAAGUUUCAGGAGAGGGCCAAGCGUGACCCUGAGUACUUGAAGGGUUUCGCUUUGUAAGUGUUUCUUAAUUGAGAAAAGAGUUCCAAUUUCUCCUUUUUUUUCUAGGGUGCUAGAAAUGAUAGAGAAUGCAAAGCGAUAGUGUUUGUGUGAAUUGCGAUGAUAGAUUAGAUGUAACUCUAUGCCUCCAUUAAAUCAAUCCAUGGAGAUGCCUUUGUGCACUUCAAUUACAAUUGAGGAGGGGAAUUAGUAUCUAAAUGAAGAUGUUGCACCCUUUUUCUUUUUAGAUAUUUGAAUUUGAAAUAUGUUUUGAUCA